AUGGAGGAAGCAUCUCAUCUUGGUCAUGUGUUCUGUGCUGUACCUAGACAGGCAAGACAGGACCUGCUAUGCAAUUCCCACUUCAGGAAGGUCGACGUCUACGAUGAUGUUCAUGAUUAUGUGACCGACUGUGAUGCAACGAACACGUAUACACGGGAAGUUGGCUCGGCUCGUAACAAGCCUGGCGAGCGACAGACGAUAUCCAAAGGCGAGACGCACUUCCGUCCCGUGAAUAUGGUAACACCCUUGUCGGCUGUAUCCUGGUCACGCCCAUCGAUCAAUCCAUACACCAGGGCAUUGGGCCAUUCUGGGUCUGGGUCUGGGUCUGGGCUUUUGCUUGGUAGCCUGGGUAAUCUUGAGGAUUGCAUCGUGACACGCUGA